AUGUCACAGCAGGCCCCGGCCGCUCAGAAGAACGAGCCCAGGGACCCGGCCGAGCCCACACUUGAGGACCUUCAGGAGCUCUGGGACGCCCACUAUGGACGCGUCACAGGAUACGGCGCCUGCGUGAUGUUAGCGCGCGCCGCAACCCGAACGGGCAAGCAACAGCCAGGCUUUCAAAAGCUGCCGUCGGACGAUCCACGCCGACAGGGAGUCAUUUAUGGGCCGACUGCUCCAGUGGACAUUGCGCCCGCACUGCAGGAGGCCGACCAGGCACCAGCUGCCUUAGGUCCGCCCCCAGAGCCGGCUGCAAACAACAUUUACGACCCAGAGAACCCCCCAAUUGAAGCGCUCCUAGGGAAGCUGCCAGGGGCGUACCACAGUGACCCGACCGCGGGGUUCCACCGGUCACCGCGCAUUGAUAACCCCGGCUCGCAGCCUGCCCUCUUGUGGGCGCGCGCGUUGGCUAUGCCGGCUGGCCCGCUGCGGCCUAUCAUAAAUCCCGCUUUCCAGCACAUCCGACCCCCGGACCAGAGCCUGAUCGACAAACGGGCCGUCCUGGACGUCGCUGGACCAGGACUGGUAGUCAUUGAGCUAUUCAGCGGCCUGAUGGCCACCACAAAGGCGCUGGUGCGCAGUGGCCUGAAGGUUCGGAAGGUCUACGCCUGCGAGCUGGACAAGAAGGCACAUAAGGUGGCCGAAUUCCGGCUGGGGAAACUUCAAGAGAUGUACCCCGGCCUGCUGAGCACCGAGGCGUUCUCAAACGUCCACGGCGCGCUCCUUGACAACAUUCAGGAUGUGACACGAGGCCAUAUCGAAGGUCUGGAGAAGCCCGACUUGAUCGUGGCAGGGUUUCCGUGUCAGGGAUUUUCGAGAGCGGCCAGCGAGGCCAAAGGGUUGCGCGACCCGCGCACCAAGCUGUUUACGGAGGCCAUUCGGGCGGACGUUCGCGACGAGUUUAAUGACGUCGUCAAGGGGGUCCUUAGACCAGGCUUUGCGUUUGACGCAGUUGCCGCGGGCUCGCUUGCCCACCACAACCACGGUCGCUGGGGGACCAACCUAGUUCCAAGCCCGCUCAUUACUGAGAUGGUUGAGAAGCGCUUCAAGCAGCGCCCCGAUUUUCGCCGAGUUCAGGACAUUCUGCAACCUGGCAUUGGCGCGCUCUGUCGACCGCCGGCAGCGGCUUGGGGGGGGAGAGGCCAGAUUGGCACACCGCAUAAAGCUCCUGGCAAGAAGCAGCCAGAGGGGGAUCCCCCGGACCUCCCGGACUUACUGCCGUCCGAGAUAGAGUUCGAGAAGCUCGAUUGGGGCUUGUGGGGGCGAGGCGACCUUACGCUUGAGCAGAAGCAAGCUCUUGAGGACUUGAUGGACGAGUUUCGUGACGUGCAAGCAGCCGAUAUGUCCGAAAUGUCCACAAUCAUUGGGGAGAAGUUCAAGAUUCCGGUUACGGAUGAUACCCCGAUUUUCAAACACCAGUACCGGCUUGCUUACGCCGUGAACGACAUUCUAAAGGACCAGAUCGAAGAGCGCCUGAAGUGCGGCUUUAUUCGCUGGUCACUGCCGACUCCAGAGGAGAUAUCCGACGAGCUGGCGGGUUCGACGUGGUUUACCACGCUCGACCUGCGCUGGGGUUACCACCAGGUGGCCAUUGCAGAAGAGGACAUCUGCAAAACAACGUUUUGGGGCCACGACGGCCUGUAUGAGUGGGUUGUAAUGCCCUUCGGGCUGAAAAACGCCUCUGCCUUUUUUCAGAGGCUGAUGGACACCACAGUAAGUGCGCAGCGCGAGUUUUGCCGCUGUUACAUUGACGACGUGAUCAUUCACAGCAAGUUGUUCGACGAGCACCUGAUACAUCUGCGCGCCGGUUUUUAG